CUUUACUGUUACUACUACUUGCUGGUAUUUACAUCUGAGAUUGGAUCAAUUACGAUGUUCCUAUGUGCUAGCAGUUCUGCUUAUAAUAAGCCACGGAGACUGGAGCCUUCACAUGUUGCCUUUACUUUCAGAGGAAUUUGCUUCCUUAUGAGGUAUGAUAUAAGGAUCUGUCCAAAACUUAUGCUCUGACAGCGAAAUCAUCUGCAUUUGGAAAUUUGGAUGGACUUCAGAGUUCCUUGGCAGAUGCCCCAGCCCAAAUGCAUUGCAAAAGGACAUAAACAGGUUUGAUCCAUUUACAGCCCACAAUGAUGUCUGUUUUUCAAGCAUAGUUUCCUGCCGUGUUUUUGCCUGCUAAGAAAGCCCAAAGCACAUGUUUUUUUAUCUUCAUAAACAGCGUGGUAGAAGUAUAUCAUAUGCCUUGAAGGAUUAUCCCUACCUUGGCAUAUAAACAGAAAACUUUCUGUAUUCUGAACAUGCCACUGUCUCCAGAAUACAACAUUAAUUGCAAAAUUUCCUCCACGGGAUGUUGGUAAACACUAUCAAAAUAUUACAAAAAUAAAAAAUAUUUCUGUGUGAAACAUAUUAGUAUUAGUUUCACUUGGUCCAUUGAAAUAUAUUUGCUCAUACUAGCUGUCAAAGUUUAGACAUGACACACAUUUACAUAUGGAGAGUAAAUCUUUGACCACCAAUUUCUUGGAGAAUCAAUAAAUUUGUCCCUUAUCAAAACCAAAUUGCAUCGGUGAGUGGUGCACACUGCCCACUGUGGAGGACUGGAGGGAGGAGAAACAGAGCAAGGAUUGUUCUUUCUUGGCAUAAAAACCUAUAGAGCCGAAAUAGGUCAGGACCACCACUGUACUCUACCAGCCAUAUAUAAGAUAAUGUGCUCGGUGAGUGUCGUGAGGCUAUAAAGCCCGAAUCUCAUUGGGCCCAGCCAGGCCAUGGCUUUCCAUCCCCCCAAUACCAAGUAGUUCCAAAAACAAAAGGGGGGGCUCAGUGGAAAGGGUGUGCCUGCUCUUUUCCAUACAGAUUUGCGUUCAUCAAUGGCAGAGGGGAUCUCAUGAGGUCAUCGGGCUCUUGCAAGUGGGGAGGAAAAGGGAGAUCUAGGAAAGACUUAGUGGCCCACCUUUUCCCUCUUUUCCCACAAGGACGAGCUCAUGGAUUGGAGUAGGAAAGUGAUUCUGAAUCGGUCUCAAAUCUUGGCCAAGAUCACACUGUGUACUCUCCACUGGAUCAGCAAAUGAGGCAUUUUGUUAUUGCAUGAUGGCAUCCCCUGACCAUGCUCGUGCAGAGGCCAAAAGUUUUGUCAUUAGGAUAUGGAUGUCGUGAGGCUUGUGGGUUUAUUGUUUUAUUUGUUUCUUUGAGUUUUCAGUUAGCGUUGCAGGUUAUAUUUGGUUCCUGUUUGUGAGUUUUAAGGUAUAUUGCAGAGCGAUGCAACCCCAUUUCAUAUUUUCAUAUGCCUGUCCAAUCAAGGAACUUGUUCUGAGCCACCUAAUAGACAUUAGGGUUUAUGUCAAAAUCGAGAUCAUUGCAUAUUUUAUGCGGAAACAUGUAACAAGGAUGUCAUUAUUUAAGGAUUUCACAAAAGAAAUUUUAGUGUUGUAGUGGAGCAAUUCACUAGAUACUGACUUUGUGUUUGUGCAAUCUCGUGGUUUGAAGCCUGUGGUGGUGUACCUAGGCAGCAUAUUGGAAUAUAUCUUUGUUGAUAUUGCAUCCAUCUGUAUAUUGGAAUAUAUCGCUGUUGAUAUUGCAUCCAUCUGUGGAAAAUUUUCGGAUAUCCUAUACUGUUCUUGGAUUCUAUUCUUGACAUUGGUACUGACCUGCCUAGAUUACAUUCCCUUGCGUCCUAUUGCUUCCAAACAAAGAAACCCCAACAUUUUCUUUUGCAAACAGCAGUACAAGUGCAUUUCCUGAGCAUAACAAACGAUAUUCUGGUUCUACAUUUGUUUGAAUAAAAUGUGAGAGUAUGAUUUCAGAUAUGUGGAUGUCAACCUAUCUUAAAAUUAGUUAUUGAAUGGAUAAUAUCUAGUGUUGUCCAGUAUCUAGAGCUCAAUAAAUAAAAUCAUUUAUGAGCUUAGGAAAUUCAUUGAUAUGCAUUAUGAACAUAUAAUAUCAGCCAACCUAUUCUGAAUUCAAACAGAACUUAUAGGUUGAAUUCAAACAGAACUUGGAUGAGUCAAUUAAAUUUGUCGUGUCAUCCCAAGGUCAGCAAACCUUUCUGUUUUCGUUUUAUUUUCUGAACAGCUAGACCUCAAUAUACUUUAUUAUUGAUUGAGUUGUUUAGGUCUUAAUUAAUUGUCUCGGUGUCCUUCAGAAAGAAAAAAGGAAUUUGGUUUUGGUCCAGAUUUUUUUUUGUCUCUGUUUUCGUUCCUGAAACAAAUGGAGUAGGUCCUCGCACUUGCCUGUUAGUUGCAUGAGAGCUCAUGGUUUCCAGCCACACAAUCCAUGGGCUCCUUCUUAGCCUGAGUGGUGGCCAAUCAACAUAAAUAAUUCUAGGGCCCUCAGAACAGUAUUACACAACUGUAACCCUGCAAAAGAUUUGGUAUCUAGAGCUGAGCCCCAUUGUACCCAGCUAGCGUUGGAUGUGGUCAAGGGCAACAGGAGGAGCCAUAGGGGUGGGGGGUGGGGGGGGUAUAGGCUCUCCUUAAAAGACUGUUCAGAUGGAUCAGAGCAGCGGGCUGCGAAAAAGAAAUGGUUGGUUCUGCUUUCCUCUGUGUUCGCCAGGUCCAUAAAUCUGAGAACGAUCUUUUGCUCCAUUGCCUAUAUGCGUGAUAAGUGGAUAUUAAUAUUGUUGAAUACAUGUUUGAGGUUUUUUUCUUCCCGUUGAGCUCCAUUCUUUAGAGCUGCUAGGGAGGGGGGGAGAGAGAUAGGGAGAGAGACUGAGAGAGAGACAGGUGACAGCUGAUCACAUGGACCUCCAUUGAGGACGGUCUUCCGAAACAGAAAAGAGAGUGCAGUGACUACUAGUGUGGUCUGUAUUGUCUUUGCUUCCUUUUAUUUGGCAGGGGAGCCUCGGGCUUGUCCUCUUCUCUACUCUACCCUCAUUUAUAUUGUGCCAAUUUGUUUCAGCUGCUUGCCUACUUCAGAGCUCAGAGAGAGAGAGAGAGAGCGAGAGAGAGAGCUCCGCUGCCUCAGGCAUUCUUUGUCACAGGGGUCGAGGGGAGAGAGACAGAGGGCUGAGGAUCACAUGGUGGCCUUUUUUUGGGUAUGUGACAGCUUCUGCUUUUAGUCUUUUAGUGCUUCCUUUUAUCUCCUCUUCAUGAAACCCCUUUCAAAACCUCAAAUCACCACCUCAUCGGCUGAUCAGUGAUUGCCUUCUCCUGCUCCUUUAAGAACCCUCUUCCCUGCCCUCAUUUUUCUUCAUCCCUCACCUUUGCCCAAAAGACAAGAACAAAGCAAUAUGAUGCUCUGAUCGCUUCGCCGACCGCCAUCGCAAUCCUACACAUUGUGGUGACGCACCAAGAUAAUACACAACCCCUCUGCUUUUACUACCCUCCGUAUUACAAGAAGCAGCUCCAGGAAUUGCUCACGCCAUGGAGGUUGCCAUGCUCUGCACAAGAGUUAGCCUGCUCAUCCUCAUUCUCUCCCUCUGCUCUCCAUACAAGUUCAUACAGAGUCCCAUGGACUUCGGCCCCUUGAACCUGCUCCCCACCACCACCACUGCGUCCAGCGAUUUCGGUAGGAUACUUUUCCACUCUCCAGCCGCAGUGCUGAAGCCCCAGUCCUCAAGGGAUAUCUCCCUACUUCUCAGCUUCCUAUCUGGCUCGUCUCUGAGCAAGGUCACGGUGGCGGCCAGGGGAGCAGGUCACUCCAUUCAUGGCCAGGCCCAGGCUCUAGAUGGCAUUGUAGUGGAGAUGAGCUCUUUGCCUGCCGAGAUAGAAUUCUACAAAGGAGGAGAAGGAGAAAUUUCGUAUGCUGAUGUGAGUGGUGGGGUUAUGUGGAUAGACCUCCUGGAGCAGAGCUUGAAGCUUGGGCUAGCUCCAAGGUCAUGGACUGACUACCUCUAUCUCACCGUUGGCGGAACGCUGUCCAAUGCUGGCAUCAGUGGGCAGACAUUUAAGCACGGGCCUCAGAUUAGUAAUGUUCUACAGCUGGAGGUAGUCACAGGACGAGGGGAGAUUGUGACAUGCUCACCCAGCAAGGAUGCGGAUUUGUUCAAUGCAGUUCUGGGAGGUCUUGGCCAGUUUGGCAUCAUAACUAGGGCCAGGAUCCUGCUGCAGGAAGCUCCACAGAAAGUGAAGUGGGUGAGAGCCUUUUAUGAUGAUUUCAGCAUCUUCACCAAGGACCAGGAGUUGCUGGUAUCCAUGCCGGAUUUGGUGGACUAUGUGGAAGGUUUCAUAGUCUUGAAUGAACAAUCCCUUCACAGCUCCUCCAUCGCCUUCCCUGCAAAUGUGGACUUCAACCCAGAUUUUGGCACCAAGAACAGCCCUAACAUUUACUACUGCAUAGAGUUUGCAGUCCAUGAUUACCAGCACAAGAACACUAAUGUGGAACAGGUUGUGGAAGUUAUCUCAAGGCAGAUGAGCCACAUGGUGUCCCAGUUGUACAGUGUGGAGGUGUCCUACUUCGAUUUUCUCAAUCGGGUCAGGAUGGAAGAGAUGAGCCUAAGGAGCAUCGGGCUGUGGGAGGUACACCACCCAUGGCUCAACAUGUUUGUGCCAAAGGCGGGGAUCAAUGACUUCAGGGACCUGCUCAUGGACAACGUUUCACCAGAUAGCUUUGAGGGCCUGAUCCUCAUCUACCCACUCCUCAUAGACAAGUGGGACACCAACACAUCGGUCGUGCUACCAGAUUCCGGAUCCACGGACCGGGUGAUGUACGUGGUGGGCAUCCUCAGGUCCGCAAACCCUGAAGGUGGCUGCUCCCACCACUGCCUCCAAGAGCUCCUCCGCCGCCACCGCCGCAUCGCCUACACCGCCGGAGUACACCUCGGUGCCAAACAGUACUUGGCUCACCACCCGACUCCGUCCGGUUGGCACCAGCACUUUGGGCGGCGGUGGGAGCGGUUCGCGGAGCGCAAGAACCGGUUCGACCCGCUACGCAUCCUGGGGCCGGGCCAGGGCAUAUUCCCCAGGAGAGACGACAAUGCUGCGUUUGGGAGCUAGCUUAGCCGGCAGAAAGUGAACAAGGGAUAUAGGCAGCUGACUAGGACGAUGCGAUCUUGUUCUUUCUUUUUCUGGAUCUUCUCUUGAGUUUCCUCGGCAUUUUGAGGCACCGGUUGGGUUAUUCUGUGGGGGUUGGGGGGCACUUUGAGUUUGAGAGGACCCGGUGGUGAAUAUCACAGGGAAUUUUGGAACUUUGUACAGGCUGAGGAAGCACAAGCGCUCUAGGGAUAGAGAUAGUGAUUCUAUUCGAUCUGUAUUCCUUGUUCGAUGUGGCCAUUAGUAGGGUUAUUAUUGACUUACUGUUGUUCACUUGCUGUAGGGUUAUUAUUGACUUA